CCAUCCUGAACUCACCAGGAGUUUCUAAAUAUUGUAUUCAAAUAGGCUACUCUAAAAAAGACCAUAGAUGAGCUUCUCACCAUUACCUUUGCUUUGCUUCGAGAAAAAAAGAACAGCCAGUGUUCAGCCGCACUGCUGAGCUCCAAACAACGCCACAGAAAGCUCUUCCUACCUUCAAACCCAAAGUUUCGAGCUCAGGCCGUGUCGGACUGAUUCACAGAGCUGAAACAUGACGCGUCGAGUGGCUAUAGUCGGAGGGGGGAGUUCGGGUCUGACCUGCAUUAAGUGCUGCCUGGACGAAGGGCUGGAACCCGUCUGCUUUGAAAGCAGCGAUGACAUCGGGGGUCUUUGGAGGUUUAAGGAGAACCCAGAGCCAGACCGGGCCAGCAUCUACCACUCUGUCAUCAUCAACACCUCCAAGGAGAUGAUGUGCUUCAGCGACUACCCCAUCCCUGCACACUUCCCAAACUUCAUGCACAACUCCUUCAUCAUGGACUAUUUUCGGAUGUACGCUGACCACUUUCAUCUCACCAAGCACGUCCGUUUCAAUACCAAAGUUGUGCAGGUCAAGCAGAGAGCAGACUUUUCCCAUUCAGGCCAGUGGGAUGUGGAAACCGAGAACAGUGAAGGCAAAAGGGAGAAACACAUUUUUGAUGCCGUGAUGAUCUGUAUUGGACAUCACUGCCAACCACACUUGCCUCUCCAUGACUUCCAAGGCAUUGAGACUUUCAAGGGAAAGUAUUUUCAUAGUAGAGACUACAAGAUUCCUGAGGAGUGGAGGAACAAGAAUGUUGUGGUGGUCGGAAUAGGCAACUCUGGAUUAGACAUAGCAGUCGAACUUAGCAGAGUCACCAAACAGCUUUUCCUGAGCACACGAAGGGGAGCCUGGAUUGUGAACAGAGUUGGAGAAAAUGGGAUGCCCCUUGAUAUGCUUUUUAACCGUGUGAUGAAUUGGCUUCGUAAAGUCCUUCCCUUUGGUUUUUUCUGUUCGUUGGGAGAGAAACGGCUCAACCAAAGAUUUGACCAUGUUCUGUACAAUCUUAAGCCAAAACACAGGUUGUUCAGCCAGCAUCCUACUGUGAACGAUGAGCUUCCAAACCGCAUCCUGUCAGGAACUGUCCAAGUGAAACCCAACAUACGCAGAUUACAAGGUUCCAGUGUUGAGUUUGAUGAUGGCAGUAUAGUGGAUGACGUUGACCUGGUGGUGUUUGCCACAGGAUAUAAUUACUCUUAUCCAUUCCUGGCCUCCAGUGUGAUCUCGGUGUCUGAGAACAAAGCAUCUCUGUACAAGUAUGUGUUCCCUCCUGAGCUGGACCGGCCCACGCUGGCUGUCAUUGGUCUGGUGCAGCCAUUGGGAGCCAUCAUGCCCAUCUCUGAGAUACAGGCCAGAUGGGCCACACGGGUCUUUAAAGGAUGCAUCAAGCUUCCCCCAGUAGCAGCCAUGCUUAAAGAUAUCAAGUACAAGAAGGAAGCCAUGGCUAAAAGGUAUGUCACCAGUCAGAGACAUACCAUACAAGUUGACUACAUUGACUACAUGGAUGAGAUCUCAGAGAUGGUGGGAGUUCGUCCCAGAUUUUUGCGGACACUGCUGACUGAUCCCCCACUGGGACUGAAAUUGUUGUUCGGCCCCUGCACCCCAUACCAGUUCCGGCUCAGAGGACCAGGAAAGUGGGCCGGAGCACGCCAGGCCAUCUUCACCCAGUGGGAGAGGGUAGCUCAACCCAUGCAGACCAGGCCUUGCAAUGAGCCUGAACCCAAGAGAUCCUACAUGUGGCCUCUGCUUCUGUCUGCCACUACAGUGGGCGUGUUCACCUAUUACUACAGAAACAACUUUUUGGCUUUUUUGCAGGAUCCCACCAGCUUCCUGGGCAGGAUGAACAUUCACCUGUGAUACAGAUUUCACAGUUGAAUUUUUUGACCGUUUCAACUAACACAUGAAGGCUAGUCUUGCACUAAAGUGCAGAAAUGUUCAGAAUGGGCUAUAAUUGAUGAAACAUUACAUAAUUUUGUCAAUCUGAUAUAAUACUAUAAUGAAAGGUUAUUCCAUGUAAUAAUUUAGUUAUUUGACCAGUUUACAGAUUUGUACUUCUGCAUUUGAUUCUCUCCAUAUAACCACGGAUUGUACGAUUUUAACGGUUUUGAAAUGAAAUAUGAUCUCUACAUAAACAUGCUUUUUUCUGCUUUGUACAUUUUCCAAAAACGAAAUUAUGCAAAAACUUAAAGAUCCUAUAUGCAUAUACUUAUGGCUGCAAGCAGGU